AUGAGUAACCGAUUUUUGUCGAUAUCGACAAUAGGUCGAGCAACAGCUAUUAUUGUAAGACCACAUCCUUAUUAUUAUCAUUAUGGUAAACGUAUAUCAUCGAUUGAUACGAAUCGUUUACUAUUAUUAUCAUCAACACAUAUUCGGUCAUUUCAUUCAUCAUCGAUACUUUUCGAUGAUAAAUCUAAAAUAGAAAAAACAGUUGAAUUAUUAAAAGAUGGAGCUCUUGAAGAAAAAGCAAAACCAAUAGCAACAACACUAACGAAAAUAACUGUUCCAGUUAUUCCUCCGGAUACAACAGUUGCUACUACAAGCACACCAUCAACUGACUCAGCAGUCAUUAAACGUAAAUCACUUUGGCAACGGAUUGUUCAUGAAUUAAAACAUUAUUAUAAUGGUUUCAAAUUAUUAUUUAUUGAAACAAAAAUUGCAUUUCGUCUUCUAAGACAAGUUUUAAAUGGUCAUACAUUAACACGACGAGAACGAAAACAAUUUACACGUACGGCAGCUGAUUUAUUUCGACUGUUACCAUUUUCUGUUUUCAUCAUUGUUCCAUUUAUGGAAUUUACAUUACCAAUAUUUUUAAAACUUUUUCCAAAUAUGUUACCAAGUACAUUUAAAGAGGCAGAUAAAGAACAAGAAAAAUUAAAAAAACAAUUAAAAGCAAAAUUAGAAGUAGCUAAAUUUUUACAAGAUACAUUGGAAGAUACAGCAUUAAAAUCGAAAAAAAAACGUUCAGAUGAUACACUAACAACACAAUUUGCUGAGUUUAUGCAAAAGAUUCGUUCAACCGGCGUUCAACCGUCAACUGAAGACAUAAUGAAAUUUUCAUCAUUAUUUGAAAAUAAAUUAACAUUGGAUAAUCUUGAUCGUCCACAAUUAGUUGGUUUAUGUAAACUUCUUGGUAUAUCAACAAUUGGUCCUGAUUAUUAUCUUCGUUUUACACUUCAUUUAAAAUUACGUAAUUUAGAAGCUGAUGAUAAAUUAAUUGAAGAUGAAGGUAUUAAUAAUCUUACUGUUGAAGAAUUACAAGCAGCAUGUCGUGAACGUGGUAUGCGUUCACUUGGUGUUAGUGUUGAACGUUUACGUUCUCAAUUACAACAGUGGCUUGAUCUUCAUCUUAAUCAACGUAUACCAUCAACUAUUUUAUUGUUAUCACGUGCACUUUAUUUACCGGAAAAUAUUCCACAAGAAGACAUACUUAAAGCAGCUAUUCAAUCAUUACCAAAAGCAAUUGAUAGUGUAACAGCUGUUAAAAUAGCUGAAGUUAGCGGUGAACGUGUUGAUAAUACACAACGUAUUGAAGCUAUUAAACGUGAAGAUGAAGCUAUUAGAAAAGAAAAAGAAGAAAAAGCUAAAGAUGAAAAAUUAUCUGAAGAUGAAAUGAAAAAGAAACAAUUAGUUGAACAAGUUGUUGCACCAACAAUACCAUUAGAUGUUCCUAAAGCAGAAAUUCUUGUUGAUAAAGCACCUAUACUUAGUGAUCAUAAAAAAGAAGACAAAAAAGAUGAUCAACAAAUUGAUGUUGAACAAUUUGAAACGGCACUUGAAAAACUUGUUCAUCAAAAAGCACAAGAAGUUAAAACAACAGUUGAAGAAAUUAAAGAACUUAAAGAUGAUGUUAAAGAUUAUAAAGAAGAUGUUAAAGAACUUGAAACAUUGGCUGCAACAAAGCAAGUUAAAUAUUUAAGUGAAACACGUUCUGCUAAAGCACUUUCAAAACGUAUUGAUAAACUUGUUGGUGAUCUUGAUCACAUUGUUCAAACACUUGAUAAAAAACAAGAUUCACUUGAAAUAGAUAUUAAAACUGAAGAAGAUAAAUUAAAAGAAGUUGCAUUAAAAACGGACCAAGUUCAAAAACAGAAAGAUUUUCUUACAGAAAAAAAAGAAAUUCUUGUAUCAACUCAAGAAUUAGUUAAUACUAUUCGAGAAAUUCAAAAAGUUUCAAAUAAAUUUCCGGAUACUCAAGUUUGGGAUAUAAUUAAUCAAUUUGAUCAUAAUAAAGAUGGUUUCAUUGAAGCUGAUGAAAUAUUAAAAGCAUUUGAAAUAAUUGGGAAUGAAAAAGUUAAAAUAUCGAAAAAACAUUUGAAAGAAAUAAUUGAUCUGGUACGAAAAGAACAAAUUAUUGAAGAUAAAGAAAGAAAAGAAGAAAUGGAUGCGAAAGUUAAGCAAGAAACUGCAUCGAAAACAACAACAGAAACUAAAAACAUUUAA